GAGGAGCAUGCACAGUACAGAUAUCCAGUGGUCUGCCAUCUUGAGUUGGGGCUAUGCUGACAACAUGCUGAGGCUGAAGAGCAAACAGAGUGAACCGCCCAUCAACUUCAUACAGUGCUCUCCACUACACCAGGUAACAGCGUGUGCCUGGGUGUCUGAUGGAUGUCAGCUGUUCACCGGCAGUAGAUGCGGAGUCAUCACGGCCUACAUUAACCGCUUCAAUACUACUACUCCUACAGAGAUGGAGGUAGAGUCCCAGGUCCACCUGUAUGGCCACAGCUCCGAGGUGACCAGCCUCCAUGUGUGUAAACCAUACAGUAUCCUUAUCUCUGUGUCCAGGGACGGAACAUGCAUCCUCUGGGACCUCAACAGGUUGUGUUAUGUCCAGAGCCUGACGGGUCACAAGAGCCCGGUGACCGCAGUGUCAGCCAGUGAGACCACAGGGGACAUCGCUACGGUCUGUGACUCAGUGGGCGGGGGCAGUGACCUACGGUUGUGGACUGUGAACGGCGAUCUGAUUGGCCACGUCCACUGUCGCGAGAUCAUCUGCUCUGUGGCGUUCUCCAAUCAGCCGGAGGGAGUGUCUGUCAACGUCAUCACAGGGGGACUGGAGAACGGAGUGGUCAGGCUGUGGAGCACCUGGGACUUGAAGCCAGUGAGAGAGAUCACCUUCCCCAAGUCGAACAAGCCUAUCAUCAGCCUGACGUAUUCCUGUGACGGCCACCACCUCUACACCGCUAACAGUGAGGGGACGGUCAUGGCCUGGUGUAGGAGAGACCAGCAGAGGAUGAAACUCCCCAUGUUCUACAGCUUCCUCUCUAGCUACGCUGCCAGCUGACAGACUAGGGCCUUGAAUGACUACACUACCCACAAUCCUCCUGAGAGACAUGAUUACAAUACCCAUAGUCCUUUUCUGACGCAUGGCCCCAGACUACCCUGAGAGACAGAACUACAAUACCCACAGUCCUCUGCUCUUAUGGCAGCCCCCAGACCUCCUGGCAUGUUGAGAGUCAGAACUACAAUACCCAUAGUUCUCUUCUCUUCUGACGCAUUGCUCCAGACAACCCUGGGACAAAACUACAAUAACCACAGUUCUCCAGGCGGACGGAACAGUCAGUCCCCUCCCCUCGCCGGGAGACGGACAUGUCAACAUGCUGCAGACGACCAAUCAAAGCCCUCAGCUCAGACCCUAAGACCCUACAGACAUUUCCGUGCGAGCAGACUAGCGUCUGUUAACAUGAAGCUAAGAUAUGAUAUUAAAGAGAUCUAGAUAUACAUUGUAUUUGCUUUUGGAAUGUUUUGGUUUUGUUGUCGUGGUAAUAGUGUUCCCUCCUUCUGAAAUGUGUUGCUGAUGACUUGAUUGGUUGUUUGGACUGUCCUGGUGAGCUGCUACAUAACAUCUGACCAAUCCCAAGUCAGACCAGAGGGCUGAAGGCCCCGCCUCUGCUAGUGUCUGACCAAUCCAAAGCCAGAGCAGAGGGUUGAAGACCCGUCCCCGUCUCUCCUCUACGGACAACGCAUGUGUCUCUCUCUGCAUGAGUCACCUGACUGAUGGCUCUUGUUCCUGAGAGACCAGGACAAGCUGCAGUUACAGGGGCACACUGCAUAUCUGUCACCUACCUGGAGAUGACCCUGCAUAUCUGUCACCUGCCUGGAGAUGACCCUGCAUGGCCCUGUGGGGUCUGAGAUACCCUUCCUGUCCACUCUGAACUCUAGACUACGUAGACCAGCUAGGGGGAUCUGGGAUGACGUGGGUUGUGUCGCCUGUAAUGUCCUGCCCUGUGCCCUAAGAAAGGCCUCUUCUUGCAUGCUGGAAUUAAGGAGACGGAGGGGGAUGCAUGGAUGGGUGUGGAUGGGUGCAGGGGUGUGUUGCUUUGUAUCAAACCUGUUUCCUGCCUUGUAUCAAACCUGUUUCCUGCCUUGUAUCAAACCUGUUUCCUGCUUUGUAUCAACCCUGUUUCCUGCCUUGUAUCAAACCUGUUUCCUGCUUUGUAUCAAACCUGUUUCCUGCUUUGUAUCAAACCUGUUUCCUGCCUUGUAUCAAACCUGUUUCCUGCUUUGUAUCAAACCUGUUUCCUGCCUUGUAUCAAACCUGUUUCCUGCUUUGUAUCAACCCUGUUUCUUGUGUCAUUUUGUUUUCACUUUGUUUUUGCAUUGGCUUCCUUAGAGUGCUAUUGUCGUUAUUUCUUAUUAUCAAUGAAAGCUGAGAAUGAUCUGCUGUC